AUGCAGACUGCUUCUACAAACAUUUUUAAAAGAAUGGGUCACUCUCAGGAGCUCAGUGAAUUCAAGCGUGGUACCGUGAUAGGUUGCCACCUGUGCAAUAAGUCCAUCUGUGAAAUUUCCUUGCUACUAAAUAUUCCAGAGUCACCCGUUAGUGGGAUUAUAACAAAGUGGAAGAAGCUGGAAACAACAGCAACUCAGCCACCAAGGGAGCGGGGUCAGCACAUGCUGAAGCGCACAGUGAGCAGAAGUCACCAACUGUCUGCAGAGUCAAUAGCUAAAGACCUCCAAACUUGGUGUGGCCUUCAGAUUAGUACAACAACCGUGUGUAGAGAGCUUCAUGGAAUGGGUUUCCAUGGC